GUCAGGAUGUUGUUGAUCCGCUGCGGCCGGUCUGCAGGGACAAGGGAACAAGUUGCACUGCGGUCAGAGAAAGAGGACGAGUCAGAGCGCUUAGUGAAGGAGAAAUGUCCAAACUGAAGAUCUUCAGGAGAGCAACGUUCCCUCUGUCUCCUCCUGAACAGUGGAGGUUCAGAUGACGUUCAUCAGCAGCUCCUAUAAUCCACAGCGGCUCUGAAGGUGUCAGAGAGGAAGAACCGUCUGUCCAGCCUGACAGGACGGCCGCUCCGCCCACAGAGACCCAGAUUACAUUUAAACUCUGUAACAAUGAGAAACGUCAGAGGAUCCAACCAGCAGGAACAGAGAAUGAACCCGUCCAACUCCAGGAUGGGUGACCUGGUUUCAUUCUGCGUGGCCGAGCCUCACAGCCUGAACUCAGAUCCGACCUCCAGACUCCUGCUGUCCGUCCAAACCUCCGAGCUGUUUGUCCCGCUCUGGCUGCUGGAACCUGACCACGGCCCGCCGGACGCGGCUGGGUGUGAAAACUUUCUGCAUCUCUGGAACGAAGCUCCGCUCAGUGUCACAGAAUCACUGGAAGAACAGCAGAGGAAUCUGGGCUUCCUGCAGCAUGUCUGGCGGUGCGUGCUGCUUUCCUGAUGGCGUCGCCUCUAAUGAGGAAGCAGAAAUGUGUUCGCCCGGCUGCUGCAGGAAGCUCCAGUGACCGACGGUCAGAGUCGGACGCGGCAGCCGCUGCCCCGCCCAGAGCUGCAGGAAGCGAGGGGGCGGCCCCGUUCCCGGCCAAGCGGUACCGAAGCCAGUCUAAAGCGGAUCCGGUCCGUUUCGUUGCACUGCUAACAUCAUUUCACGGCGGCGGCGCCCGUGGCCUCACAGCUGAGGAUGUGACAGAGGAGCCUGAUUCAUUCAUGACUCGGCUUUCUGAGCAGCUUUCACAUCACCCGACCUCCAGAAAAUCCAGUCUGUUCUUCACAAGCUUACGUCUCCUCUGCAGACGUUUAGAGAAACGCUCAGCGAUCGAUGCCAACAUGACGCCACACACAGGCUGCUGGAAACGGCAGGAGAGUGACGGGGUGAUGAUGUCACCAUCAACGCUGCUGGUGGUAAAUAUGAGCUUUUUGGUUCAGCAGGGACCCAGACUUCCUCUCCACUGGAUCCAGCUCCUCCAGAGGAAUCCAAGGCGUUCCCAGAACAUCGUCGCUCCAACGGGUCCCGGGUCUCCUCCUGGUGGGACGGACCAGGAACCGCUCAGGAUCACCUCCUCAUCCUGGACCAGUUCUAACUGGACCGGUACCAGCUGGACCAGUCCCAACUGCACCAGUCCCAACUGGACCAACCCUAACUGGACCAACCCUAACUGGACCUGUACCAUCUGGACUUUAUCAGCAGAUAAAUGUUAUCAUGAUUCAUUUGCUCUCCUUCAUAAAUCACCUGCAUUAAAUUAAACAAUCUGACCAUAAACUAAUAUUUCAGAUUAAAAGUGGCUGAACAUUAAUUAGUGAAUGGCUUCAUUUUCAGAUUUCAGUUCAAUAAAAGAGAAUUAGAUUGAAGUUUGCGGUUGCAACAUGGAAAAUGUAACUUGGAUCAAAUAAAAACAUAUUUUCACUGCC